AUCAAAUGUUACGAUGUCUAUUACUAAAUAUAGUAUAUUGAGUGUCUUAAUAGUUCUUCUGUAUUUCGGUGGUGUUAAAUGUGAAUUUUGUAUAAAAGGUGACUUUAAAUUAAAAAAUUAUUUUAUUUUUUACGAGUAUAAAGCAUGUAAACUGACUCCUUUCUAUAUAGGAGUUGUGGAAGAAGUUAUAUCAACAAGUUACAACCCUCCAUUGUGUUUUAUUCGGAUUAAUACAAACGGCACUAACUAUGUUUUACUUAUGUUAGAAACCGUAAAUAUUUGCAGUGAAACGUUAUGGAAAACUGAUAAAGCAUCUGUGUAUGUUCAAGAAAAAGUUGGGACUAAUAAUUAUACAAAUUUAGAAUUUCUGACUGAUUUGCUUAAACCAACCAAAAAUAGUAUUUUUUGCGACGAAAAUCUAGAAAAUCUAAAAAAGCUAGAUAAUCUAAAAAAUUUAGAAAAUCGAGAAGAUAUAGAAAAUCUAGUAAAAUCCAUUAUUUCAGUAUCAUAUUCAACACUAUUAUUAAUAGUUUUUUUAAUAAUAUUUAUGAUAUCAAAGUCUGCAUGGGGAGUUAUAACAAAUUGGUAUAUUUUGAGAACGUCUAAUGUGUUAAGCAAGAAAGUUAUUGUGAUUAAAAGUUUUUCGCAAAGUUUAACGAUUCAAGAACUGUUGGAGAGGACGCAGUCAGUUAAAUGUUGUGAUAGAGAUAGAAACAUGUACAAAUCAAACAUUGAUCCUUUCGAAAUUCUUGAUAAUGAAUUUUAUUCUGAUAGAUAGAAGUGC